AUGGUCUCUUUCAUUCUUUCUUUUCUUUCUUUUUCUUCCCUUCUCUCUUUCAUUGAUUUUUUCUUCCUUUUUUUCUUUCUCUCUUUCAUUCUUUUCUUUUACUUCCGCUUCUCUCUUUCAUUCUUUCUUUUCUUCUUUUUUCUUCCCUUGUCGCUUUCAUUUUUCUUUCUUUUUUUCUUCUUUUCUCUCUUUCAUUCUUUCUUACCUUCUUUUUUGCUUUCCUUCUCUCUUUCAUACUUUCCUUCCUUCUUUUUUGCUUUCCUUCUCUCUUUCAUACUUUCCUUCCUUCUUUCUUUAAUUUCUUUAUUCAUUUGGAUUUUCUUUCCUUCUUUCUUUCUUUCUUUCUUUCUUUCUUAUUCUUCUGAUAUUCUCUUCUUUAUUUCUUCUUUUUCUUAUUUUCUUUCAUCGGGUGGUCCACAAGAGAAAGAAUCUAUCUUGGUGGCGUGUACACACCUGUGCUUGGGCACAUGGAUAUCGCAUUUAUUCUUUGGGAUUUUUCUUUUCUUUCUUUUUCUUUCCUUCUUUCUUUUUUCUUUUCAUAAUUUUUCUUUAUUUCUUUUAUCAAUUAUUUUUUUGAUUUUUUUAAUUCUUUCUUUUUCUUUCUUUCUUUCUUUCUUUCUUUCUUUCUUUCUUUCUUUCUUUCUUUCUUUCUUUCUUUCUAGAUUUUCCUUUAUUUAUUCAUUUGCAUUUUCUUUCUUUCUUUCUUUCUUUCUUUCUCAUUCUUCUUGUCUUUUCUUCUUUCUUCCUUUUUCUUUUUUCUUUUAUUUUUUGGAAUUUUUCUUUUCCUUUUUUCUUUCUUUUUUCUUUCCUUCUCUUGUUCAUUUUAUUUACUUCUUUCUUUCAUUUUUUUCUUUACACAUUUCUCCUUUGCUCUUUGAUUUUUAA